CCUUACCUACACUGUCCUGACCUGGAAAUACCCACCACUUUCACCUCUCCCUGAACCCGUGUAUCCAUCAAUCCAACACCGAAACCCGUCCAUGCCAACCCUCACUUAAUCACCCGCACGCAAGCCAACAUGUUCACCGCAACCUCGCGGCGCGCCUGCGCCCUCACCCCGAAGACCCGAUUCCUCCAACACAACCAACCCGCCACGCGGCGCACAAUAUCACACAUCCACCCACGAACGCGCCCCAAUGGACUCGCCUCUCGCUCCCGCCUCCCCACUCUCCCCCUCGGAGCUAGUCAGCAACAAACCCGCUCCCUCUCGUUCAUGCAACGCAUGAAACUCGGCUUCCGCGAAGCCUCGAAAGGCAUCUGGCGCAAGAACCCGGUACUGCUCCCUCUCGCGCUCUUCUCCACGGCCGGCGCCACCCUCCUGUUCACAUACAUCGCCUACGUCGAGUACACGAGCGUAGGGCCGCAGUUCCACAAGUUCCCGCCGCCCGUGGUGCGGUCGCUGCGCACGGCGGUGUACUAUACCGAGGUGGAUCUGAAUCCGCCGAAGGCGCUGAAGGCGUACAAGGAUGCGUUGCAUAUUGCGGUGGAGAUGGGGAUGCAUCCGUUCUCGGACGAGGUGUUGGGGAUUAAGUUGCAGGUGGCGAUGAUGUUGGAGAAGGCGGGGUUGGCGAAGCCGGCGGUGGAUGUGCUGGAGAGGACGAAGAGGGAGGUGUUGGCGUGGAUUGAGGAGGGGAGGAAGAAGGAGGCAGAGGAGGUGAAGAUGAAGACGGAGGCGGAGAAGAAGGGGCAGGGGAAGAAGGAUGAUGCUGCUGCGACGGUGGAUGCGACGGUGACGGAUCCGGAGAUUCUGGAGGAGCAGCGCAGGAUUCAGGAGCUGGAGGCGUACGAGCACACGCAGCGCGAUAAGGCGCUGAAGAAGGCCGUCGGGAUUGAGAUGAAGCUAGCGGAGCUGUACUCGAGCGAUUACAUCCAGGACGAUGCCAAGGGGGAGGCGGCGCAGGUGGCUGCGGUGGAGCUGUGCUUGGAGGAGAUGAGACGACGACAGAGCCUGGGGAUGCCGGUUGGAGGUGGAACGGAGAACAACGACGCCUGGUUGAAUCUGACGGAGAUCGCUACGGCGCUGUCGGAUCUCGCGUCGCGAUACACCGAGCAGGAGAAGCAUGAGCUCGCCAUGCCGCUGUAUCUGCGCGCUCUGGACCUCCUCCGCGUCGACGAGGGCAAGCAGCCGACGUGCAAGCAGGUCGUGCUGCUCAACGAUGUCGCCAGCGCUAUGGCCGGACAGGCGCAGAAGCCUAUCCGGGCGGCCGACCCCAGCGCGGCGCGCAAUCAGAUCAUCGACGCGGCGAAGCAGUGGGCUCAGAAGUCUAUCGAUGUCGCUGCGAGAAUCCAGCCCCCUGUCCGUGACCAGGACUGCGAUGUGUCCUGCGUAGCGGCCACCUACAACCUCGGGGAACUGGCGGAACUUCAGAACAAGCCCAAGGAUGCAGAGAAGUUCUACAAGCAGGCUAAGUCCUUAGCUCAGGGCCUUCAGUUCGAAGAGGGCAUCGCAAUGGCUGACGGUGCGCUGGAAAGGGUGACAAAAAAGUGAACAAAAUUUGUUAGGUAUAUCUUUACUCAACUCACAGUGUACAUGUACAAUAUAGAUAUGAUAGAAUGCAACGAAGUACGCAGC